UUUUUCCAAUACCAGCCGCAAACUCAGAAGAGCUGGGCUGAAACACUUUGGUGAGAUUUUCAUCCCCGACUUAGACACACAGGGGCUUGCAGAUAGGCUGGCCCUGAAAGCGGCGUCCGUCCUGUCUUUUACACCAGGUGCUAAUUCUGCAGGCAUCAUGGUUAUGAAAGCGUCCGUGGAAGACGAUGAUUCAGGAUGGGAGCUCAGUAUACCCGAAAAGAUGGAAAAAAGCAGUGCAAACUGGGUGGACAUCACUCAAGAUUUUGAAGACGCUUGUCGAGAAUUAAAGUUGGGAGAACUGCUUCAUGAUAAGCUAUUUGGUCUUUUUGAAGCCAUGUCUGCCAUUGAAAUGAUGGAUCCCAAGAUGGAUGCUGGCAUGAUUGGAAACCAAGUUAAUCGAAAAGUUCUCAAUUUUGAACAAGCUAUCAAGGAUGGUACCAUUAAAAUUAAAGACCUCACCUUGCCGGAAUUGAUAGGGAUAAUGGAUACGUGUUUUUGCUGUUUGAUAACAUGGUUAGAAGGCCACUCCUUGGCACAGACAGUCUUUACAUGUCUUUACAUUCAUAAUCCAGACUUUAUAGAAGAUCCUGCCAUGAAAGCUUUUGCUCUUGGAAUCUUGAAAAUCUGUGACAUUGCAAGGGAAAAAGUAAAUAAAGCUGCUGUAUUUGAAGAGGAAGAUUUUCAGUCAAUGACUUACGGAUUUAAAAUGGCUAACAGUGUGACAGAUCUUCGAGUUACAGGUAACACCAUCUAUAAAGAUAAUUCACAAUAUCUACAACACAGAGGAAAAAGUACUCGAAGUCGACAAGGAGAAGAAAGAGAUCCAGAAGUUGAACUAGAACACCAACAGUGUUUAGCAGUAUUCAGCAGGAUGAAAUUUACUCGAGUGUUACUGACUGUGCUUAUAGCCUUUACUAAGAAAGAGACCAGUGCUGUUGCAGAAGCUCAAAAAUUGAUGGUUCAAGCAGCAGAUCUUCUUUCUGCCAUUCAUAAUUCAUUGCAUCAUGGCAUCCAGGCCCAGAAUGAUACUACAAAAGGAGAUCAUCCAAUUAUGAUGGGCUUUGAGCCUCUUGUUAACCAGAGGCUACUUCCACCUACCUUCCCUCGAUAUGCAAAAAUAAUUAAAAAGGAAGAAAUGGUCAACUAUUUUGCAAGAUUAAUAGAUAGAAUAAAAACUGUCUGUGAGGUGGUCAAUUUAACAAAUUUACAUUGUAUCCUGGAUUUUUUCUGUGAGUUUAGUGAACAAUCACCUUGUGUUCUUUCAAGAUCUCUAUUACAAACCACUUUCUUGGUGGAUAACAAAAAGGUCUUUGGAACUCACCUCAUGCAAGACAUGGUGAAAGAUGCACUUCGGUCUUUUGUCAGUCCUCCAGUGCUUUCCCCAAAGUGCUGCCUAUAUAAUAAUCACCAGGCUAAGGAUUGUAUUGAUUCCUUUGUUACUCACUGUGUUCGGCCUUUCUGUAGUCUUAUUCAGAUCCAUGGGCAUAAUAGGGCUCGACAAAGAGACAAGCUCGGUCAUAUUCUUGAGGAAUUUGCUACCUUGCAGGAUGAGGCAGAGAAGGUUGAUGCAGCUCUUCACACCAUGCUGUUGAAACAGGAACCCCAAAGGCAACAUUUGGCCUGUUUAGGUACCUGGGUCCUUUACCAUAACCUCAGAAUUAUGAUACAGUAUCUUCUCAGUGGCUUUGAAUUGGAGCUCUACAGCAUGCACGAGUACUACUACAUAUAUUGGUAUCUGUCUGAAUUCCUUUAUGCAUGGUUGAUGUCGACAUUAAGUCGUGCUGAUGGCUCUCAAAUGGCAGAGGAACGGAUAAUGGAAGAGCAGCAGAAGGGCCGUAGCAGUAAAAAGACAAAGAAAAAGAAGAAAGUUCGCCCUUUGAGCCGAGAAAUCACAAUGAGCCAGGCCUAUCAGAACAUGUGUGCUGGAAUGUUUAAGACCAUGGUAGCAUUUGACAUGGAUGGCAAAGUACGAAAACCCAAGUUUGAGCUUGAUAGUGAACAAGUUCGAUAUGAGCACAGAUUUGCUCCAUUCAACAGCGUAAUGACACCACCCCCAGUACACUAUCUGCAGUUCAAGGAAAUGUCUGACCUCAAUAAAUACAGCCCUCCCCCCCAGUCUCCAGAACUGUACGUGGCAGCUAGCAAGCACUUCCAGCAGGCCAAAAUGAUCCUGGAGAACCUCCCGAACCCCGACCACGAGGUCAAUAGAAUUUUAAAGGUUGCCAAACCCAAUUUUGUGGUUAUGAAGUUACUGGCAGGAGGACACAAAAAGGAAUCUAAGGUUCCUCCUGAAUUUGAUUUCUCUGCUCACAAAUAUUUUCCUGUUGUGAAACUUGUUUGAGACUGACAGGUGACCAUAAAGGGGUAAAAUCUACUUUCAGAUUAUACUUUUUAGGACCCACCCAUCAGUCUUACCAUAUAACAUGAAGUGAAAUGGAUUUCUUGGAUAACCACCCAUUAUAAGGAAUUCUUUUAAUUUGACAGCCUUAUAUGAUGUGAAUGAAAACUGCUGUUUUAAAGUGGUUUAUUAUGUCCAUGGAUGAAACUGAUGUUGUUGAAUGCAUUGAUGAACGUUAUAUGGUCUUAUUACAGAUUUAAUCAUAAAUCAUUUUUUAUGAAUGACUGAGUGAAAAUAGUGUUUGUAAAGGUAAAUAAAUUUGACCAAAAUGUAUUACUGGAGAUAAAAAAAUAGUACUUUGUGGGUACAUGUUAAGAGCUGAAGGUGUUUACUCUUUAACAUUUGAGUAAUUGAAACAACUUAUCUAAAAGAUGUUUCAAAUCAAGUGAUUUAGGGAAAAUACAUUUGAACGGGGCCUAGUCUAAGCUAUGUAGGGAGGCUAUUAUAUGGGCAUUAUGAUUCCAUGUCAUGACAUUAAAUUAUAUACCUGUAAGAAUGUAGGUGUUUUUAAAAAUGUCCUUAACUAUUACUUUGGUACUUUUAAAAGAUUAAAGUUUAGGCCAAGCCCCUUAAAAGUACUUAGCACUUUCAGUUGUAAUUUAAAUAGUUGUUUCUACCUUCCCAACUGUAGUAUAAGCUUGAGGAAAGUGACAAUCUUUCUAGAACCUGCUCAUUCAAUUAAUGGAAUAUGGAAUUUUUAAAUGUGGCAUUGAGCUAUUCUGGGGUAAACUGAGAAGGUAAAAAAGGUCACUAGGGCAAUAGGUUGACUGCCUUUUUUUAGUAAAAGAAACACUGAUGGUGGGAACAGGACGGAUAGAAGGGCAGAGAAAUUUGGAGUAGCAAGUUGGAGUCUGGUCCUUGCACUGAAAGUUUGCUUCAGCAGAUAAAAGUUGAUUCAUUUGUCGGGUAUUUACAAAUCAAUCCAAGCACACAAGUUGGUAUAUCAGAUACAUCCAAAUCAUAAGGAGAGUAGGGAAUCAGAACUGGUUGCUUUUGCUUAUAAUAAGGAGCCAUAAAAUAAAACUUGAGAUGACUGAA